GCUACUUCCGGUUUGAUUGAAUGCGUAGCAGCAGUCAUGGCAGCGUUUUCUGAAAUGGGAGUUAUGCCGGAAAUCGCGCAGGCUGUGGAGGAGAUGGACUGGCUGUUGCCCACUGACAUCCAGGCAGAGUCCAUCCCUCUGAUUCUGGGUGGAGGAGAUGUUCUCAUGGCUGCAGAAACCGGCAGCGGCAAGACAGGAGCCUUCAGCAUCCCGGUGAUCCAGAUCGUGUACGAGACGCUGAAGGAUCAGCAGGAGGGAAAGAAGGGAAGAGCGUCCAUCAAAACUGGAGGAGCCAUUUUCAACAACUGGCAGAUGAAUCCGUACGAUCGCAGUCCGGCCUUCGCCAUCGGUCCUGAUGGACUCUGCUGCCAGAGCAGAGAGUUUAAGGAGUGGCACGGCUGUCGGUCCACCAAAGGAGUCACCAAAGGGAAGUACUACUACGAGGUGACCUGCCACGACCAGGGUCUGUGUCGGGUCGGCUGGUCCACCAGUCAGGCGGCGCUGGAUUUAGGAACCGAUAAAUACGGUUUUGGUUUCGGUGGAACUGGAAAGAAAUCCAACAACAAGCAGUUUGACAGCUACGGAGAGGAGUUCACGAUGCACGACACCAUCGGAUGCUACCUGGAUCUGGACAAGGGGCAGAUUUUCUUCUCCAAAAACGGCAACGACCUGGGUGUGGCGUUCGACGUCCCUCAGAACCUGAAGAAUCAGACUUUCUUCGCCUCCUGCGUGCUGAAGAACGCAGAGCUGAAGUUCAACUUUGGAGGAGAAGACUUCAAACAUCCUCCUAAGACCGGCUUUGUUGGCGUCCAUCAGGCAGCCGAAGGCCACACGGUCAAAUCUGCUCAGACGGGCAGCGCCAAAGUGAGUCAAGUCAAAGCUUCGUCCAACGCACCCAAAGCCCUGAUCAUCGAGCCGUCCAAAGAGCUGGCAGAGCAAACCCUCAACAACGUGACGCAGUUCAAGAGAUAUGUGGACAAUCCCAAACUCAGAGAGCUGCUGGUGAUCGGUGGCGUCGCUGCCAAAGAGCAGCUGGCAGCUCUGGAUCAGGGGGUGGACAUCGUGGUGGGAACUCCUGGACGACUGGACGAUCUCAUAUCCACGGGGAAGCUCAGUCUGUCCCAGGUCCGCUUCCUGGUCCUGGACGAGUGCGAUGGCCUCCUGUCGGCCGGCUACACCGACUUCAUCAACAGGAUCCACAACCAGAUCCCUCAGGUCACCUCCGACGGGAAAAGGCUGCAGGUGAUCGUGUGCUCGGCCACGCUGCACUCCUUCGACGUGAAGAAGCUCUCCGAGCGCAUCAUGCACUUCCCCACCUGGGUGGACCUGAAGGGGGAGGACUCGGUUCCGGAGACGGUCCACCACGUGGUGGUUCCCGUCAACCCCAAGAGCGACCGGCUGUGGGAGCGUCUGGGCAAGAACCACAUCCGGACCGAUGAGGUUCAUGCCAAAGACAACACCAGACCAGGAGGCAACUCUGCAGAAAUGUGGUCGGAGGCCAUCAAGGUGCUGAAGGGCGAGUACGCCGUCAGAGCCAUCAAAGAGCACAAGAUGGACCAGGCCAUCGUCUUCUGCCGCACCAAGAUCGACUGCGACAACAUGGAGCAGUUCUUCAUCCAGCAGGGAGGAGUAAUUCUGAUUUUCUGUUUGCUUGUUUGUGGUUUCCCUCCAGUGAUUAACGUCACGCUGCCUGAUGAGAAGCAGAACUACGUCCAUCGCAUCGGCAGAGUUGGAAGAGCCGAGAGGAUGGGUCUGGCUAUCUCCCUGGUCGCGAUGGAGAAAGAGAAGGUUUGGUACCACGUCUGCGCGAACCGAGGCCGAGGCUGCUACAACACCCGGCUGAAGGAGGACGGAGGCUGCACCAUCUGGUACAACGAGAAGGAGCUGCUCUCAGACAUCGAGGAGCAUCUGAAGUGCACCAUCACACAGUGUGAACCCGACCUCAAAAUCCCCGUCGACGAGUUCGACGGGAAGGUGACGUACGGACAGCGCAGAGCUUUAGGAGGUGGGAACUACAAGGGCCACGUGGACGUUUUGGCCCCGACGGUCCAGGAGCUGGCGAACCUGGAGAGAGAAGCCCAGACGUCGUUCCUUCACCUGGGAUACCUGCCCAACCAGCUGUUCAGAGCCUUCUAAACACUACACAGUGGAAGACGCAAUGUGAAGCUUCUGUUUGCAUUCAGGCGAAAAUAUAUCAACAAAACUCCUAAUUUACAUGAAUUAAAUAUUGAAAGAUGUAAAAAGGUGUCAUCGAGUACGUCGACCUCCUCCAACCAGAUCCUUGUUGUUUGGUUGAGUCGUUUCUCCUCCAGAUGUUGAGCCUGUUGAGGUUGAAGAUCGUCUUUAGUUCCUCUUUAAAGUUAAAACAGAACUGAGAACGUUACUGGAAAUGUUCUCGUUGAUGAAGUCAAUAUUUAAGUUCACACGUGGAGGAAAAAGUCAAUGAAUUGAAGUGACUCGAUGUUUUCUUUUCUGAAAUAAACUGUUGGACUCAGUGUU